AUGGACGAUAUUUACAGAGAAUCCCGUCGCGAUUACAUGGAGGAUGACGUCGCUACUAGACGACGUGAUACUAUUAAGUACUGCUCUCGCAUAACUGGCGAACCCGAGGAGAAGUUUGAAGGCCUCUUGGAAGCUUGUAAAUCCAAAGCCGCCGAGUUCCUCCAGAAGCAUGGGAUUGGCUCUGGGGUUGGCGUCGACUACUUCCAAUGGCGCGCCGAUAUACUUAUGUGGAAUAAUAUGUCCAAGUUAGAAGGUGCUGAACCAUGCCCUUUUCUAGCUAAGAAGCCCGGCCUCUGCACCGAGCCAAAGUCGGAAGAAUACAGUGACUUGUGCGACCUGUAUACGGGACAACUUAUUCCAGCCGCAGAAUGGGAAAAGAGACGAGCACAGGCUUUAGCCACAGCACCAGCGCCGUCUCAUCUCGCUCAGGCCGAAUCGGAACAAGUCUGGCAGACCGAAACCAAAGCAAACGAGGAAACUGGAACAUAUGUCUGGUCACAAGAACAGGCAGACGCCGUCUGGGACAAGGUCUUCAAGGGCCACAAGAAGGUCUGCAACCAACCUAGCUUCUCCGUAAUGCUACCCCUAGAGCGAAGCCACCAGAAAUGCAUCGUUGAACGCAUCGGUCGUAGCAACCAGCUCGUCGACAGCCGCUACCUCCACAUAGUCUGGAUCUCCACUCGCAACGAGCACGGCCAAUUCGCUGGCUUCAAGAUCGUCCUCUCGCCGGUUAACAGAGUAGUUGAUAUCACGGACAUCUUGUUCCUCCAUGCCAUUACCGUGGCGUGGAAUAUGGUAUGGUAUUGGCUAGGUAAAAUAUUGACCUUGGGCGAAGACGUCAACUUCGCGACGUGCAACGAGGAAUACCUCUGGCAGACCCUUGCUAAGCGACAAGAUCCUAUGGCAGCUGUGGAGAGAAAUUUAGCUUCCAAGGAGUAUGACAACCUCUACUUUAAGAGGACUUAA